AUGUCACAACAACAAUCCACUCCAGUUCCUAUAACUGAUCUUACCAAGUUUACCAUUCCAACUUUACCUGGUGUUACUACCGCUCCACCUAAAGCAAAUGGAUUUUGGUCAUCAAAUCCCGUAUUUUCAUAUUUAAAUGAUGUUUAUAUUACUAUAAGUGAACAUAGAAAAUCUUUAGGUUUAACUAAUCCUGGUACUAUUGAAAAUUUAAAUAAAGAAGUUUCAAGAGAUGUUUUCUUGAAUCAAUAUUUCUUUACUGGUUUAAGAGCUGAUUUAAAUAAAGCAUUUUCAAUGUCUCCUGUAUUUCAAACUUCUCAUACUUUAUCAAUUGGGUCAAAUGUUUUACCUCCUUAUGCCUUUUCUGCUUUAUAUGCUACCGAUGAUUAUUUCAUACAAGGUAAUAUCGAUAAUGAAUUAUCAUUUUCUGGUAGAAUCAAUUAUGGUUGGAAUAAAUAUAAUAUUAGUAAAGUUACUUUACAAUUAGCUCAUGGUCAACCAUCAAUGGUUCAAUUAGAACAAGAUUAUCAAGCUUCUGAUUUCUCUAUCAAUUUAAAAACUUUAAAUCCUUCCUUAUUAUCAGGGGGUUUUAGUGGUGUUGCCGUUGCUUCUUUAUUACAAUCUUUAACUCCAAAAUUUGCCGUUGGUUUAGAAGCUAUGUUUUCCAAACAACCAGGUCCAGUUCCUCCUGAAACUUUAGUAUCUUAUGUUGCUCGUUAUAAUGCUGGUAAUUGGAUUGCUUCUGCUCAAAUCCAAGCUCAAGGUGCUUUGGUUGCCUCAUUCUGGAGAAAAGUUUCUGAUAAAGUUGAAGCUGGGGUUGAAACUCAAAUUGCUGCUUCUUUAAAACCAGUAAAUGAUCCAUUAUUAGGUACUCCUAUUGGAUUUGAAACUGCAGUUGAAGGUCAAACUACUAUCGGUGCUAAAUAUGAAUAUAGAUCAGCUGUAUUCAGAGGUCAAUUAGAUUCAAAUGGUAAAGUUGGUGCAUUUUUAGAAAAAAGAAUUUUACCAACUGUUUCUAUAUUAUUUUCAGGUGAAAUUGAUCAAUUUAAACAAUCUUCAAGAUUAGGUUUAGGUUUACAAUUCGAAGCUGCUGGUAAUGAACAAUUAAUGUUAAUGCAACAAGGUUUAAUUGAUGCUAAUGGUAAUCCAGUCCCAGGUGCUCCACAACUUUAA